AGCGGCUUCGAAGGCGGCCGCUGCCUUCCUGCAGCCCCAGCGGGACGCCGCGGGCCCUCGAGGGCCUCCCGAGGCCACCUUCGCUUCCUCCCUCCCUCCCUCCCCGUCCCGGGGGCCGCUUCCCCUCGCCGCCGCCGGCCCCCCGGCCCCCGCCGCGGCUCUGGGCCCACCGGGGGUGCCAUGGGCAGCGCCUGAGCCCGCGGGGCCGUCGCCUCCAUGUCGCUGGCGCUGAAGGCGCGGCAGAGGGUGAGGCGCAAGGGCGGCUCCAGGGACAGGGUCUUCGGCUGCGACCUCCUCGAGCACCUGCAGCAGUCGGGGCAGGACGUGCCCCAGGUGCUGAGGAGCUGCACCGAGUUCGUGGAGCAGCACGGGGUGGUGGACGGGAUCUACCGGCUCUCGGGCGUCUCCUCCAACAUCCAGCGGCUGCGGCAGGAGUUCGACAGCGACCGCUGCCCCGACCUGCAGAGGGACGUUUACCUGCAGGACAUCCACUGCGUCAGCUCCCUCUGCAAAGCCUAUUUCCGGGAGCUCCCCAACCCCCUCCUCACCUACCAGCUCUAUGACAAAUUCGCUGACGCCGUGGCCAUCCAGAUGGAAGAGGCUCGGCUGGUGAAGAUCAAGGAGGUGCUGAAGGAGCUGCCAGUGCCCCAUUAUAGGACGCUGGAGUUCCUGAUGCGGCACCUGCUGCGCAUGGCGACCCACAGCCGCCAGACCAACAUGCACGCCAGGAACCUGGCCAUCGUCUGGGCCCCCAACCUGCUGCGGUCCCGGGACAUCGAGGCGACGGGGUUCAACGGCACGGCGGCGUUCAUGGAGGUGCGAGUGCAGUCCAUCGUGGUCGAGUUCAUCCUCACCCACGUCGAGCAGCUCUUUGGGGACGCCCCUCUGCUGGGCGGCGAAUCGCCGCGGCGGUCCCGGCUGCUGGCAGGGGGGGGUCCCGGCGAGGUGCAGCCCCCACCGUACCAUGUGCCGGCGGCGCUGAGCCAGGGCGAUGGGCCCCCCCCGAUCCGGCCCUACCACACCAUCAUCGAGCUCAGCGACCACAGGAGGAAAGGCUCCCUCAAGGCCAAGAAGUGGAGAUCCAUCUUCAACCUGGGCCGCUCCAGCCACGAGGCCAAGCGCAAAUUGGUGAAGGCGGAGGAGAAAGAUGACAAGUGUGGGAAGAUGAGCCUCCGUCCAGCCAAGAGCAUGGACUCGCUCAGCUCCGUCCCUUUCACCGGUGAUGGCACAGACACCCCCCGGCUGAGCCAGAAGCAGCCGGCACAGCGCCGGGAGAGCUUCGACACGUGCCCCUCGCCACCCCAGAGCUGCCCCGAGCUGGACGAGAGCCUGGAAGAUAAGCUGCCGGGGCUGCAGGAGCCGCGGGGCCCCGAGUCGGAGGGCGAAAGCAGCAGCACCAAGUCGGAGCCCACCACCCCCAAAGCCGGCCGGGCCGCGCUGGUGGCCCCCGGCCGCUCGCCCAAGGCCGCCCGCGGCCGCGCCGACAAGUGCGCCGGGGUCCACAUCUCCGGCCCCUUCUCCGUCACCGUCCCCUUCCACAUCACCUCCAACCUCUCCCGCCUGACGCGGGGGAUGCCGUGCCCGGCGCUGGCCGCGGUGCCCGCGGGCAGAGAGACCCCCGACAGCCCCCCGGCCGCCGGCCGCCGCUCCAACGCCGACCCCGCGGGGGAGGGGAAGGCAGACGCAGAGCAGAGCCGUCUGUCCCUGGAGCUGCGCGACUCCUUCGCCUUCCUGGACAGCGCAGAGACGUGGCUGGAGAGCAGCGGGGACGGGGAGGGCGCGGCGUGGGCAGCGCCGCCCAGCCCCGGGGAUGGAGAGAGGUGCCUGGCCGUGGAGGACGGGAUGGACAGCGGGUUCAUGAACCCGGGCGAGCCCCCGGCCGAGCAGCCCGACAGCUACCUCUCCAUCGAGGAGUGCAUGGACGAGGAGAUGUUCUUCAUGGCCCCCAGCGGCUCCGACACCGAGGAGCGCGCUGGGGACACCGACUCGGACGACAUGUUCCUGAGCGCCCACGACGAGCUGAGCCCGCUGGCGGCACCGCUGGAGCCCCUCGGCCCCGCUCCGGGGGAGGGGACAGCCCCGGAGACGAGCGCAGGGCCGCAGGACCGGGCUGCGGCGGAGGAGGAGGAGGGGGAGCUCCCCAGGGACCCCGGUGAGGUGCAGGCAGAGGAGGAGGCACCGGGCACCGGGCAGCCUCCGGGUGAAGGGGCAGACGGAGGCGGCAGCCCCUGCAGAACGGACUCCAGCACUGACACCGUCCGGGGGGCCGCGGGGUCCGGGGGCCUCGAGGGAGCAGGGCCAGGUCCCCAAGUGGAAGAGGAUGGAUGUGGCUCCGGCCCCCCCAGCCCCGAGGAGCCGGGGGAGGGUGAAGCCCCGUCCGCACCUCAUCCAGAGGAGGAUCCACCAACCCCCGAGGCUGCGCCCCCCUCCCCGGGGAGCACAGAGGGGACGGGAGAUCCUCCCGGGAGCCCCCCCGGGAGCUCCCCAUCGCUGUCCGCCUCGGCCCCGGAUCUGCGCAGCGUCGUCCCCGCGGAGCCGCGGCAGCCCGAGCCCGAGCCCGUGCUCCGCCGGGACGGCCGAGCCGCCGUCCGCCUGGCCACCGGCACCGUGCGGGUGCUGCACGCCCGCUCCGUGCCCGUCGUGCCCCCCAAGCCGCAGUUCGCCAGGAUCCCGCCGGCGCUGCAGCCCUGGGAGCCGCCGGCCGCGGGGGCUGGGUCUCCGGGGGCUGGGUCACCGGGGGCAGGGUCGCCGGGGGCAGGGUCGCCGGGGGCAGGGUCGCCGGGGGCUCGCCGGGCGGGCUGGCGCGACGGCGGCAGCGCAUCGUUCGACGCGGCCGUGGCCGUGGCCGCCCAGCAGCAGCCGCCGCAGGCGCCGGUGAGGCGGAUCCAGACGUACGGAGGCGGCAGCGGGGACCCGGCGCCCGCCGCCCCCAAGGCGCUGCCGUUCCACCGGGCCCCGCUGCGGCCGCGGCUGCUGCGGCCCCUGAGCUGCGCGGCCGCCCCCGAGGCCGAGGGGCUGGGCAGGAGCCGCCGGAGCCCGACCCAGCCGGCGCUGCAGCUCGAGGCACCGGCGCCGGGCUCGGCCGGGGAGGGGGGAGAGCGCUGAGCGCCGGGCCCGGCGGACACCGGCGCAGCCGCAGCCCCGGUGCGGAUCCCCGACGGUUAUUUAUUGCAGCGCCGGGGGCUCGGGGGCGGUGCCGCGGGGGUCUGCGCUCAGAGACACCCGCUCACACGCUCCUGCGCCCGCGGCGGGCGGCUCACGGGCGGCUCACGGGCAGGGACGGUGCCGCAGGGCACCGGGCGCGGGUGGGCGCCGGCCCCGGCAUCAUCCCGGCGCUGCCGCCGGCCUGUGGCACGCACGGGCGCUCGCGGCGGCCCCCGGCUCCGCUCCCCGUGGCCUCGGCCGCCGCUUUGCCGCGCACGUGCCCCGCUUGCGGCCGAGCCGCCGCCGCCGCCGCCUCACCGCGGGCUCAAUAAAGGCGCU